GCCCGUCCCUCGCGGCGCCUCCCCCGGUUCGGAGCGCGGAGCCCUCCCGGCCCGGAGCGGCGCGGCCAUGGGCUCCCGGCUGAGCCGGCAGAGCAGCCUGGAGGAGGAGAGCCCCGGGGGCGAGGAACCCUCCGGCCGGGCCGACUUCCACCUCUCGUCGCUGUUGCUCCACCCGCAGAAGCUGCCCGGGGUGCUGCGGAAAACCUCGCCCGCUCCCUACGUGCGGAGGGUGGGGUGGCUGCGGGAGAUCCAGGCCACCAUCCGAGAACACAAGCGGGAGCACGCCGUGCACAUCCUCAGGCUGCUCAGGAAGGACCUGGGACUGGAAGGAACAUUCCUCAAUGAAGUCCUCUACAAAAACGCAACAUUCCUCAACUUGGUGGAUCCCAUCUCCCACGACCUGCUAAUGAGCCUUGCUAGAGACCUGCAGUGUCCCAAAAAGGAAUACGACCCCUGGAAGUCCUCAGACAGGAUCUGCAGGCAGCUGAUCUACCACCUGACCCCACACUCCAAAUGGCACCGGCAUGGCAUGCCCCGCAGGAAGUCCCAAGUGUGCCUGAAGAACAGCCUGCAGAAGAAGGUGAGCCAGGGCUCCAUGGAUCUGUCCGGGAUCCCCCUGACCAUGCGGGAUGUGCACCGCAUGGCGUACUACCUUCAGAACAACGGGGACCACCUCACCUCCGUGGACCUGAGCUUCACCGAGCUGAACGACGACAUGGUGCGCCUGCUGCUGCCCUUCCUCUGGGCCCUGCCCAAGCUCACCCACCUUUCCCUCAACGGCAACCGACUGACGCGAGCGACCAUGAAGGAGCUGACUGACACCAUGAAGGACAUGAACAAGUUCCCUUGCCUGGCUUGGGUAGACCUCGGCAACAACGUGGAUGUCUCAUCCAUGCCGCAGCCCUUGCUCGUGGGCCUGCGCAAGCGCCUCAGCCAGCAGACCACGCUGCCAACCAUUUAUGAGGCUCUCGACUGUGACCCAGAGAUCCCCAGUGGGCAGGAGGGUGGCCGGCCGGAGGGCGAGGAAGCAGGGAGCACCCCACGGCAUGCUGUCCCUCAGCAGGGCUGCGAGAGGCACCUUGGAAGGCUUGGGACCUGCAGUCUUGAGUGUGAAAGGAGGUACCCCAAGAGCCUAGCUGUUGUGGAGCUUCGUUGAAGGGCUCAGAGGCCAGAGCUGGAGCCCAGCAGUGUCUCCCUCUUGUGUCUGGCUCUUUUUGUUUUGCUCUUUUUUUUUCCCCCCCCAUUGUGUGUUUUGUAUUAAUGUCUGAACAAAGGGACUUGGUCAGAGACCAUCGGAUUGCAUAGGCUGGGGCGGACACAUGGCUUGGAACUGCAGCAUCAGGAUAUUUGCUGUGUGACUGGGGUGAGAGGGAGGGGAAGGAGGUAUGUGUUGGUGGGAGCAUGGGGGAUGGGAUGGGGGUGGGAAGGCCAGGGGUUGAAAAGGGAGGGGAAAUAGUCUUGUGGUUUAAAAGGACUGGUUCAAAAACUGUGGUUUUGUACACAACUUACAAGUUUCAAGUGAAAUUAAGGAGCGUCAGACAGCUAAGUGCUUUACUGACACUAGAGGAGCAAGCAGUGAAUGUGCCAGAGGUGGGCACUUCCUAAGCUAAAGUGCAAAGCUUUGGCUCCUUAUUGCAUAUUGCAUACCUCGUAACACUGACAUGAUGCGAGCAGCUGCACUGUCAUUUCCAAUGCUGUCCAAAACCAAACCAGUGAUGCAAGAUUUCUAGUGUUUUCCACAUUGCUCACGUUCUGUGUAAACCCAAUAAAUGGUUCUCUUGGACAUGAGUGUGAAGCA